GGGACCUUUCUCGGAAAGCAUUUACUUGCCUGUAAGGGCACCCCUCCUCUUUCUCUCUCUGAGCCCUUCCCCCAGCUCCAAAAAGCUUCCUGGAAAUGUCCUCGUUAUCACUUCCCCUCUCCGGCUGGGGGAGCUGGGAGCUGAGAGCGGGCGGUCCCCUCCCCGGGCUGGUGGCCAGAGCUCUGGCUGUCCCGAGGCGUCGCUGGAGCUCAGUCUCGGGAGAGCAGAGCCUGCACUGGCUGCAACGCAGCGGAGGGCACAGGUCUGGAUCGCCGUCCCCGCCUUCUCCCCUGCCCCCUGUGAAAUGAGGGUCCUGGGUGGGCGCUGUGGAGUGCUGCUGGCCUGCCUGGCCCUCAUGCUUCCAGUCUCAGAGGCAAACUUUUUGUCAAAGCAGAGUGCAUCACAAGUCCUGGUUAGGAAACGUCGUGCAAAUUCUUUACUUGAAGAAACCAAAGAGGGUAAUCUCGAAAGAGAAUGCAUUGAGGAAUUGUGCAAUAAAGAAGAAGCCAGAGAGGUAUUUGAAAAUAACCCAGAAACGGACUAUUUUUAUCCAAAAUACUUAGGUUGUCUUGGCUCUUUUCGAGCUGGAAUAUUUGCUGCACGUCAGUCAACAAAUCCUUAUCCUGACCUUAGGAGCUGUGUCAAUGCCAUUCCAGACCAGUGUAACCCUAUGCCAUGCCAUGAAGAUGGUUACUGGAAUUGCAAGGAUGGCCAAGCUUCAUUCACUUGCAUUUGUAAACCUGGCUGGCAAGGAACAAGGUGUGAAUUUGAUAUAAAUGAAUGUAAAGAUCCAUUCACUAUGAAUGGAGGCUGUAGUCAUAUUUGUGAUAAUACACCUGGAAGCUAUCACUGUUCCUGUAGAAGUGGCUUUACUAUGCUUUCAAAUAAAAAAGACUGUAAAGAUGUGGAUGAAUGCUCCACGAAGCCAAGUGUUUGUGGCACAGCUGUGUGCAAGAACACCCCGGGAGAUUUUGAAUGUCAAUGUCCUGAAGGCUAUCGAUAUAAUCCCAAAUUAAAGUCUUGUGAAGAUGUGGAUGAGUGUGCAGAGAACACGUGUGCUCAAUUUUGUGUCAAUUAUCCUGGCAGCUACUCUUGUUAUUGUGAUGGGAAGAAAAGAUUCAAACUUGCCCAAGAUCAGAAAAAUUGUGAGGCUGUCCCAGUUUGCCUUUCAUUGAACCUUGACAAAAAUUAUGAACUACUCUACUUGGCAGAGCAGUUUGCAGGAGUUGUUUUAUACUUAAAAUUUCGUUUGCCAGAUAUCACCAGAUUUUCAGCAGAAUUUGAUUUCCGGACGUAUGAUUCAGAAGGCAUCAUAUUGUAUGCAGAAUCUCUUGAUCACUCUGCAUGGCUCCUGAUUGCACUCCGUGAGGGAAAAAUUGAGGUGCAAUUUAAGAAUGAAUAUGCAACCCAAAUCACAUCUGGAGGCAACACGAUUAAUAAUGGACUUUGGAAUAUGGUGUCUGUGGAAGAAUUAGAAGAUCGGAUUAGCAUUAAAAUAGCUAAAGAAGCUGUGAUGAAUAUAAAUAAAAUCGGGAGCCUUUUUCAACCUACAGAGGGAUUUUUGGAAACUAAAAUAUAUUUUGCAGGAUUACCUCGGAAAGUGGAAAAUCUACUCAUUAAACGGAUUAACCCGCGUAUGGAUGGAUGUAUUCGAGGAUGGAAUUUGUUGAAACAAGGAGCUUUAGGAGCAAAGGAAAUUAUUCAAGGGAAACAAAAUAAGCAUUGUCUUGUCACUGUGGAAAAGGGCUCCUACUAUCCUGGUUCUGGAGUUGCUCAAUUUAUCAUAGAUUACAAUAAUGUAACAAAUGCUUUGGGUUGGCAAGUAAACGUGAUCUUGAAUAUUCGUCCAUCAUCUGGCACUGGUGUGAUGUUUGCCUUGGUUUCUGGAAACACAGUGCCCUUUGCCUUGUCCUUGGUGGACUCUAGAUCUGAAAAUUCUCAGGAUAUUCUGGUGUCUGUCGAAAAUAUGGUAGUAUCCAGAAUUGAGGCUACAAAUCUCUGUUCCAGUCAACAAUCUUAUCUGAAAUUCAAAGUCAACAGAAACAGUCUGGAGUUGUGGACUCCACAUAAAAAAGAUAUCAUCUACUCUGAAGACCUUCAAAAGCAGCUUGCCAUCUUAGACAAAGCAAUGAAGGGUACAAUGACCACUUACUUGGGUGGCCUUCCAGACAUUCCCUUCAAUGCCACACCAGUAAAUGCCUUCUACCAUGGUUGUAUGACAGUGAAUAUCAAUGGUGUACAGCUGGAUCUGGAUGAAGCCAUUUCUAAACAUAAUGAUAUCAGAUCUCACUCAUGUCCGUCCAUUUCUAAUGGCACCAAAAACUUUUAAGGCGUAUAUUCUUUGUUGAUACUGUCUCUUUCUUGAUUGUAAUUAUACUUCUAUUUCUAUCACAGUUGGCAGGUUUUAUCUAUGAUGUUCCAUAUUUUUUUUCUGGUACUUUGACCUUGGCAUUUUUUAAAGGAUCUUUUGCAAGAAAAAAAAGUCUUUUGUGAUAUAAAUCGCAGAAUAAACUCUUCUUUUGCUAUCUACAAAUUAAAUAAUGUAACAUAAAAUUUUUAAUUUUUUUCUACAAAUGACAUUUCUUUUGUUUGUAAAAGUAAAUUUUAAUUGUAUCUUCUUUGAACCAAUGUUUCAAUAUCUACUAAACACAAUCAGUCACAGGCAGAAAAUAUUUCUUGUUGGUACUUUUUCCUGAUAAAGGCAGAAAAAAUGUUAAUCUACUGAAUAUAAAUUAAACGUAAGAUCUCAUGAAGAGGGGAUCCUAGAACUUGAAUUUAGAUCUGUGUGUUGUCCCUGAGCUCUUUUUCUUUCUUCCUUCCUUUUUACAUUUGCCCACGGCUAACAUUCUACCACUUGAACUAAAUAAAGCUCCACUUCAGUUUUUUUUUUAUCGCUAAGUGGAUAUGAGACUUAUUAUGGACAUUUUUGCCUGGGCUUCUUUCAAACCACCAUUCUCUGAUCUCAGCCUUCUCAGUAGCUAGGAUUAAAUGUAUGAGACACCAGAGCCAGCUGAAUAAAAUGUCUUUAACCUUAAUUCCAAAAUAAUGCCUCAGGGGCAGAAGUUUUAGCUUUAUCUUUCCACAGUUGACUCACAACUUUAACCUAGGCAGUUAGCAAGAGAAAUCCAUUUUCAGAACAUGAAUCUGACUUCUUGGGAAUUGGACUCCAUGGGAAUUCUCAGAACAUGAGUCUGACUUCUUGGGAAUUCGACUCCAUGUGCAUGAGACAUUAGAUUGUGUAAGAAUGGGUGUGGAAAUCUGAAGUGCACACGUUCCUUAAAUUUGACAACAUGCAAGCACUGGUUUGGAAAAGGCAGCAUAUUCAAAAGUGGAAAGGAAAGUGAACAAAUGUGGAGGUCUAUUCUUUACUCCAACUUUUCAUUAUCAUGGUAACAUCUCAAAUGUGAUUUUUUUUUAAGUUUAAGUAGUUGUACAAACUGUUUCAAUUCUACAGUGAGAUUAUGAGUAGAAUGCAUCUUGAUCAAUGCCAUCCUUCAAUUAUUGAAGGAGAAAAAAAAACCAUGAAAACUAGAACCCAUUAUUAAUAAAAGAGAAACUAAAGAAGGAGAUAAAUAAGAAAUUAAGAUUGCCAUGUACUUGCUUUUAAUACAUUUCAAGAGGCAGGUUCUUUUCACUCCUGAAUCUACUAUUCAUGACAGGGAUUUAUCAAAUGUUUUCUUAACAUUUUAUAAUAUAAAUGUAUCUUCAUUAGAGACACUUAACCAUCACAAAACCACAAUAAAUUGUAUUUUAGAUUGUA